AUGAUCUCUGAUUAUGAAAGCGAUUCUAAACAUCUAGAGUUCGUCUCAAGCUUUUUUAAUCUCAUUUAAGCUAUUAAUAAUUGUAUUCUUUAAUAAUCAUUACAAAGAUCGUUAAACAAAUGCAUAGAGAAAUAGAACUGCUAAAUCCAUAAAAAAUGCUAAAGCGCGAAGAAGUCACAAUUAUUAAUCUAUUUAUUUUUAGAAGCUGGAUAAAUAAAUUUCAAAAUGCCAUAAAGCCUUGAUUAAAAUAUAUCAGAAAUAGUUUCCUUCAAUAAGAACCAAGUCAAGAAAUUAGUUAAGCCUAUGAAAAAUCAAACAAAAUAUUUAGAGAAUUCAUAGGUUGAAUCUUUCAUUCACAACAUUCAUUAAAUCCUAAGGUAAAUUCUAUAUUGAUUUAUUUAAUAAGUGAUCUCUAAUAAAAAUAAUAGAUUCUAAGGAAUGUUUAAAAAUAAGUUUAUUUGAAUUUAAUCGAAUAUCAAAAUAAAAAACCAUCUAAUUUGUUACUUAGAACAAGCUGUUUACAUAUGUAUAUUAAAUUGAUAUUAUCCUCUCUAGAUAUUUAGCAGAAAAAAUUUAAGCUGAUAAAAUAAAAGAUGUUGUAAUUAAUAAAACCAUUCAUGAAACUCCAAAGAUUGUAAUCCCCUUUUUCAAAAAUAUGUUGCAAACUAAGUAACAAAGCAUAGGUUGA